AUGUUUGUCAAGUGAUCUUUACCUAUUCAUUAGAUUGUUCUCUUUGAGUGUGCCAAGCAAAGUUGUGCAGCAGAGAUGGAUUUCCAGCACCGAGCAGGGUCCAAGACAGGUGGUGGGGGGAUGUCAGGCUCAGCUGAGUCCAGUAGGGACAGAAAAGAGCGGCUCAGGAAGCUUGCUAUGGAAACAAUUGAUCUAGCUAAGGACCCCUAUUUUAUGAAGAAUCAUUUGGGGACAUUUGAAUGCAAACUCUGUCUCACACUACACGCUAACGAAGCUAGCUACCUAGCUCACACACAGGCCAAGAAACAUCAGACGAAUUUAGCUAAGAGAGCAGCCAAGGAAGCGAAAGAUACCGGGGCUCUGCCUGCACCAGAGAAACCACGAGUGGAUGUUAAGAAAUUUGUCAAGAUUGGGAGACCUGGAUACAAAGUUACUAAGCAGAGGGACCCUGUGAAUGGCCAGCAGAGUCUGUUCUUCCAAGUGGACUACCCUGAGAUAGUGGACGGCAUCAAGCCUAGACACAGAUUCAUGUCCGCUUAUGAGCAGAGACUGGAGCCCCCGGAUAGACAGUGGCAGUAUCUAUUGUUUGCUGCUGAGCCUUACGAAACCAUAGGAUUCAAGAUUCCUAGUCGUGAAGUGGAGAAAGGAGCCGACAAGUUCUGGACGGAAUGGAAUGCAGACACUAAACAGUUCUUCAUCCAGUUCCACUUUCGACAUGAGUCUGAGGGGAUGCAAUUCUGAGAAUUUAUGCUAUAACUGCAUGUCUAUUACAUUUGCUUACACUUUCCUAUCUUUGUCUAUAAAAAGUACACCUCAUUUGUUCAA